AUGGGCAACUCCCAGUCCUCUCCCGAACAAGGCACAUCCUCUACAUUAUCGAAAGGUGCCAAGUCCGACAAGUCUGCCAGAAAUGCGGACAAAUCCCCAAUUCUGCACCUACCCACCGAAACCCUCAUCGACAUCUUCCAGUACGUGGUCGAAGUCGAUACAGCAGCGGAACCCACCACCUCGUUGCGACCAAGCGAGAUCAUCUCGCGCAUAUGUCGUCGCUCACGCCAAAUUAUACUAGGCUUACCAGAGGCUUGGACUAUCGUCGAUUUUCCACUCUACUGGCCACCCGAGAGGUUGGUGGACUAUAGUUCGACUAUGGUAUCCAGGGCUCAGGAUAAGCCAUUACGCCUUGUUGUGCGUGAUGGAAACUGCGGCGGAUGGAGCGUGGCGAUUAUAGAGGCAUUUCGCGCCGUAUUUCGAGAUUCACGUGUCAGGAGCCUCACAUUCUAUCUCAAUAACCCAAAGACGCAAAACGUACCUCACAAACUGAUCAAUGUCCUUUCGGCUCCGCCUCGGUAUCUCACGUUCCACCAAGCGCCCGACCAGCGUGUGCCAUCCAAAUAUGCGAAGCUACAAAGGGAGUUUCCAUUCACCGAGAGCAUCAAACAUUGCUUCAUGAACGAACAGUCCAAAUUGUCCAAGGUGGAAAGCAUCCAUAUGAUCGAUCUGUCCAUUCAUUGGGACACCCGCAGACCAUUACCACCCUUACCUUUUCGAACGAUUGUAUUUCGACAUUCGGGGACUGCUCGAAGGCUCCCACGACCAGUGGCGCAAGCCGAGGUUGUGUUCAAGAGUUGCCCGAAUCUUGAGAGACUUGUGCUCGACGGAUAUAUUACUUCAAAUACUAUACUUUCACCACUUACGACACCACCUCCACCUCUACGAGAGCUCUACCUCCACAGCUUUGACGACUUUGAUCACUUCCAAGCACUAUAUCCGAACAACGCACGUCUCCCACAUCUCGUCAAAUUCGGUACCGCGCUCUUCCAUGUAGAGCAGCUCUGUCAAUUCCUCCGUGAUCAUCCGACUAUUACCGACUUAACGUUUAGCCACCUUUAUGGUCGGCUUGCACCCGGCGAGAUGACCGAGCUCUCUCGUGCGUGCUCACAAGUCGUUCGACUGAGCCUUCCGGCAUGGUGGGCUGAAGAGCUCGCAUCCCCAGCAAGCGCCAAUGAUCCAUCAAACCAGCAAACAGAUGGGCGAAGUCGUUACAUGUUCCCAUCCGUCAGAUACCUGCGUAUCGAAGACGCGAUGAACACCAUGACGCGGGAGACCUUUGAGAGGCUGGUUGAAGUGCGAGUUGUCCGAAAGGAGCCGCGCGAAUCUCACCCUCGGCGAAUAUCGGCCAUUACCGUGGAAAAUGCACGAUUCUCUGUGACCGAAGCAUCAAAGUUGUCUAGCAGGAAGAAGUUAUACCCGUGGACGCAGAGCCGAUUCUUUUGGCUCGCAGACGUCAGAUGGGAAGACGGAAGGCUAUUCUUUGAUAGGGAAUCUCCACUCAAUGGUCGCUCACUUGGCUACUUCUACCCGAGAACAUUUACUCCUUGCCUUCCCCUCUUCAUCUAUCCCCCGUUUGCACGGAUGGAGCAGAAUAAGCAACACCAGAGCGUCAAUCAUACAUCUGGCACGUCCGUGCCCAACGCUACGGCGCGUGUAGACCAGGAGCCGAUGGGACUGGCGAGCCUAUCCCAAGUCGAAACGAUCUUCUACCCGGACACAUUGGACAGUGCAAGCUCUAGAGCCGGCCCAAUGCAACAGCAGCAAUACGCAGAUGAUGUCUCUAGUCGUAUUUCCGUUGCUACCCUUUCAACGAGCGCGUCCAGCGCAUAUCGGCGACAAGAGGCCGGCAGGUCCUUCAAUGUGCUAAACGACGCUUACUUCUUACCCUCCGACGACGACGAGUUUGCACGGCUCAACAAGCAACAUACAGCGGUUGUCCUUGGGCUCUCAGGUCUUUAUCCGGCCCACGAAGUUGUAGAGACCAUACUUGCACCCCGUGAUGGUGUGCAUCAAAGCAUAAUGGACGUAGGCUGUGGUACCGGGGCAUGGGCAGUAGCGAUGGCCAAAGACUUUGAACACUGUCAGGUCGUUGGCAUUGACCUAGCCCCUGUGCCCCUGGAUCCAGACUCCGUCCCACCCAACUGUCGCUUCGAAAUCGACGAUGUGAACAACGGGAUGCAGCACUACUAUGGCCAAUUUGACGUCAUUCACGCCCGCUUCCUCGCUGCCGGUUUGAAGGACUGGAAGAAAUGUCAAGCAGAGAUUGAACGAUGCUUAAAGCCCGGAGGAAUCAUGCUUUGGAUUGACGUGGACUACGAUCUACUUACACAGGAUAAGAAUGUUUAUCUGGCGCCUGCGAGCGAUGCCCAUCCAGAUGGGUCGUGGGUGGCAAGGGUGUUCUAUGAGGUCAGGCGUGUGGCUGUCGUAGUCGGCGGGAGCAGCUUGUUCGCAACUCCGGACACUCUCAGCUGGGGUUUAUGGGACGAUGAGCUCCUGGAUCCCGACACCUGUCAACGUGCAGAUAUGUUUGUUCCUGUUGGGCCCUGGCAAACAGACAGCGAUCAAUUCCAGAAUCAACGACUUAGCCAUAUGGGGUCUCUAAUUAGGCAGGACUUUGCGAUUGGUAUGAGGGCAUUUCACCCAACACUCCAGAAAGUCGGCAUCUCACCACAAACCUGCAAUGAAUGGUCUGACCGAGCGGAAGAAGAAAUGAACACGAUGAUUCAGCCAAUUUACGUACGGGUGCCCUGCGCCUGGGGCCGUCGACGUGCAGGUCCAAACCUUCCUGCACCUCCUUUACCCGAAAGAAGGGUCAAAGAUGAGACUGGUUCGGCCAGGAUGCCACCAUAUCCACAUAUCCACAUUCAUACUACGAAAGAGGAGGCAGCAAGAGCGUAUGAACUGCGGAACAAGAGUAAGACGUUUACGCCACCGCCGAAUCCUCCUGCACUUCAGGGUACCGGAGGCUCGUAA